AUGUUCGGAAAUGGUGGAGAUUCCUUCGGUGCCUUGGCAAUGGACGAUGAUCAGCCCUCAGCUGGGCCCAGCACUCAAGUUAUAGAAGGAGAGGAGCUGGAUGUAGAUUGGAUCCAACUAGUCAGAACAAAUCACGAUGUCGAUGUGCGGGUGUCGGACAGACUUGAAUUAGAAGGACUACCGGCGGAGUGCAAUCUGAUGGUCGUGUCGAAUCUUUGGGAUCUACUGAUUGCGGGAGGCAACAGCGAUAUACGCAUACAUCGUUUAUCCCAAUUUCAUAAGGUAUUGGAAGGUGCAGCGAAGGAUGCUUCUCCAACUUCAGAUACCAUACAGACAAUAUCCCUUCCUGCCAGACCAGUCUGGAUCAGACUUGCGAUGAAUGAGGAGCGUCUGGUCGUGGCUACAGCUAGUGGGACUGGCAUACACGUUUUCAAAUUGAAUGAAGUUUUGAGCGGUAACACUUCACCUUAUCAUUCCUUCACCACUGAUAUACCCUCACCACUACUUGAUGUCAUUCCCAAUCCUGCUCCUUCCUCGAGUGACCAACAUUCACGUCUUGUGAUAUUGCUGGCGGAUGAAGGACUAGUCAUAGCCGAUAUAGAAGAUCGUAGACUGUCAGCUCCUCUUUCAGGCCCCUUUACAUGUGCGAGCUGGUCGGCGAAGGGUAAACAGAUAGCUGUCGGUACACCAUAUGGCAAAUUAGUUCAAUACACACCGGAAGGUACAGCCAAAGCUGAGAUACCAUCCCCACCUGACCUCGAGUCGUACUAUCCUAUCUUCGUUCAGUGGUUGGAGAACGAUCUCUUCUUAGUCUCCUACGCUCAAACAGGCGCUCAACCUGACGAGCAAGUGGAAACCUGUAUAAUACAUCGCAAUAAAUCCGAGUUCACAUUCACCAAAUUCUUCGAUCCGUUGAAUUCAAUGGGUCUGGCGUCUAGAGCAAGUCUAUAUCGACAUUUUUCUGGAUUGAAGACAUGGGGAGAGAAGACCAAACACCUUGCUCUAAUCGUUUCGGGAGCGUCGUCGGAGAUUGGUGUACUUCACGGGCACGCUGCUAGUGAGAAGGAACCCCCAAAAUGGGAGGUUUUGCUUUUGGAAGAGACUGCUAGAGGUGUAUUGCCUGCCGCCAAGGCGGGUGUCAGGGAUGAUGCGUCUGUGUUGGCUUUAGCAUUAGAUUUGACCUCGACUGAGGUGAUACGGCGAGGCAUCGUGGGAGGAAUAGAAUUGCCGGAUUUACCGCCUCAACCUCGAUUGCUCGCUUAUACUCAAGAGGGAACCAUCAUCCCGUUCGACGUUCGAUAUCCCGAUGCUGGACCGUAUUCUGGUAUGAUCUCUCCUUCAGACAUCACAACUUCAAUAUCAUCAUCAACUUCAUCCGCAACCCAGCCUGCGCCGUCUAAUCAGGUACCAGUUACUUCUUCCGCCGCUUCACCACCUCCUGCCCCAUCCACUGGCUCUGCCUUCGGCUCUACAGGUUUCGGCCAAACAUUGAACAGUUCUGCCAGUGCAUUCGGCUCAUCCGCCUUCGGUCAAGCAUCCACACCUGCAUUUGGAUCAUCCUCUAAACCAGCUGCUUUCGGUGCCUCUGCAUUCGGACAGACAUCAAACCCUUCAGCAUCUGGGACAUCCGCGGCUGGCAGUGCUUUUGGAAGCUCGACCAAGCCUGGUGCCUUCUCAGGCUUUGGACAAUCCAGUACUCCAUCUGCUUUCGGUCAGUCCGCUUUCGGUCAAUCCUCUAAACCGGCUGCAUUUGGUUCAUCCAGCACUCCUACUGCUUUCGGAGCAAGCACUACCCCGAAUUCUACUCCUGCCAAACCAGCUGCAUUUGGGUCCACAUUCACACCCGCCCCUGCCUUUGGCUCUUCUUCGACACCCACAGCCUUCGGCUCAUCUGCGUUCGGUUCUACCUCUACUCCUCGCUCGGCUUUCGGCCAGUCUGCUUUCGGACAAUCGUCAAAGCCUUCAGCAAGCAGUCCCAGUGCUUUUGGCUCCUCUGCCUUCGGCUCGACAUCUACCUCCUCUAGCUCGAAUGUCGGCUUUGGCGCGUUCGGUUCGACAAGCAAACCUUCUGGUACUUCUUUUGGCUUCGGGGGGUCAGCCUCCGGUCAAGCAGCAAAACCAGACGAAACCAAGGAUAAAACAGCAUCACCUUUCGGAAGCGGAGGUUCUGCUUUUGGGUCGACGAGUGCCUUUGGAACAGGAGGUGGCAGUGCGUUUGGUGCUUCGAGUGCCUUCGGACAGAGCGCGUUCGGUUCGAAACAGACUCCUUCGUCUUCGUCAGAAGCUCCCAAACCUACUUUUGCUGGAUUUGGCCCUCAGGCUUCUGCUCAAGACAAGCCUGCUUCCUCUACUUCUGCUUUCAGUGGAUUCGGUCCAAAGGCUGACGGGGCUCAUAAGCCAGGAUCUGCGUUUGGAGGCUUCGGACAGCAGUCGACCUCCUCUCCUGCCACAGAGCCUACCAAAUCAGCUUUCGCCGGUUUCGGAUCCACAUCUUCCCAGACCUCGGCUUUCGGUGGCUUCGGACAGAAGAAAGAAUCUUCGCCCGCUCCGGAAACCAGCAACAACCCUGAAACAGACGAUUUUGGCUUAGGCGGAUUUGCUUCUGCUCUUGAUAAAACCACUGACUCCGCUGGAGUACCAGGACUAGCAGAUUCCCCACCCGGGUCACCUGUCCUCGGAACCGACAAAAAGCCUGCCGGCUUGGACGACGAAACACCGCCUGAUUCCCCUCCACCCAAGGUCGCCGUUCCUAAAGCCACCGCAACAGCACCCUCAUCAUCCUCGUCUUUCAUCAAACCUGCUACUGCAUUUGGCGGAGCGCCUUCGGUCGGUUCUUUCGGUCAGACCUCCACAAAGUCAUCCACCCCAGCGUUUGGCUCAGGGUCUACACCAGCAGCGUUUGCUACACCACCCUCUUCUUCUCCUUCAGCUUUCGGAUCGUCGGCAUUCGGUAAACCCUCUACUAUCGGCUCUUCAUCACCUUCUGCAUUUGGAAGCAGCGGCUUCGGUCAGACUUCUGUUUCCGUCGGAUUUGGUAAAUCCUUUGUCCCGGCUAGCACUAAGCCUAUAGGUAAUAUCAAUGGUGGUUUUGGUGCUUUUGGGGUGAAGUCGGACGGAGAGAAGAAAUCAACAGGAUUCGGAGGAUUUGCCAGUAAUGGUACUUCUGUCUUCGGCGGUGAUGCGGAUAAGGACAAGAAACCAAAUGCUUUCGCCGGAUUCGGCGGCUCUGGCACAUCUAUCUUCGGUAGUGCAACGGACAAGAAAGAAGAAACUGCAUCAGCAUCCCCCGAAAAACCAGUAACUACAUCAGCAUUAUCCUUCGGUGCUAAACCUGCUACCACUACUCCACAGAAGGAGGCAACAACCGACCCAGCGCCCCCUACACCUGCAGAGCAGGAGGAAGUUCAAGGCUAUGACGUUCCCGAAUCAUCCGAGGAAUCUAAGCAGGAGUCUACGACACCGGCAGCUACGCCUGAGAGGAAACCCCCAGCUGAUCAAUCGACUACUCCUGACUCAACCCCCAGCAAGCCAACAGAGCCUUUUAGCUCGACAAUGCCUAUCGAUGAACCUGCUGAACCUGUGAAACCGCCCUCACUCGAAGAAGAUGAAGAGCAAACAUAUCAUGUCGAAGCUGGAGCAGCCUUCCUUGACGACGGUCAUGCUACGGAUGAGGAGUACCAGGAUGAGUACGAAGGCGAAGGUGACAAAGAGGACUACGAGGACUACGAAGAGUAUGACGAAGAGGAAUAUGAUGAGGAAGAGGAAGACGAGGAAGAAACACCUUUGGGUUCCGGCCGACGCAGAUCAUCGUCUAUACCUCCUGACAUGUCACCGAUCAAAGAGGAAGUAUCAGAUGAACUUGCUUCUGACGAAGAUGAAGGCGAAGCAGAGGAGGAGGAAUAUGAAGAAGAAGCUAGUAAAGUUGAGUCGGAAGUAUCGACCACUCGAUCACUUACGAAAUCGCCUCCAACAUGGUUUGCCAAACCUUUCAAGACUGAAAUACCUGAGACUACUGACAACGAACCUAUCUCUCCUACUCCUGGUUCGGAAGGCGCCUCGUUAUUCGCUCGACUCAGUCCGGCUCCUUCCAUCUCGCCUAAGGAAGAGAAGAAAGAACCCGUUCUACCUUCGACUACUCCAGCACAACCCAAACUCCCAUCUGCAUUCUCUUUCAAACAUGCUUCCAAAACUAGCUCCCCGUUGGCCGGUCCGCCUGAAAACGCAAGUACCACUCCGGAAUCUUCACCCGCUAAGCCUCCUGCUGCCUCAGGCAUAUUCGGUGGUAAAACCACCGAGCAGAGUAAUAAAGCGGAAGAUAAACCUGCUGCAAGUGCUUUUGGUCUUUUCGGUACUAAGCCUACUGGAGACAACAAGGACCUAUCAGCUGCGCCUCCUGCCUUCAGUGGAUUCGGUAAUUUUGGUAGCAAGCCUACAGAGACUAAAAUAGACGAAGCGAAACCCUCCAGUAACAGUGGAUUCAGCUUGUUUGGUUCAACGCCCUCGGUGGAGCAAAAGGAACAAGAUAAAGCGUCCGCAUCGACAACAAAUGGCACCUUCAACUUCUUCGGUACCAAAGACGUUGAAGUGCCUAAACCUGCUUCUCCUGCACCUUCUGCUUCUGAUGGAUUCAGCUUAUUUGGGAACAAAACAGCAGAAUCUGUCAAAGCGGAGGCUCCUCCGUCAAUUUUUGGCGCAGCCAAAACCAUACCUGCGAUAUCGGCAGGAGCAUCAAAGCCUGUCUUUGGUUUGGGUUUAGGUAAACCAGGAGCUCCUGCAACUCCGUCCGAUUCGCCUGCUGUGACGAUCGACAAAAGCCAGCCGUUGUUUGGUAAACCUGUUCCUGCAGCUUCACACAUGCCUCCCGCUGCUCCAGUUGUACCCGCUAAGUUCACCUUGCCAACUCGAGAAACUGUCGCGCCGCCCUCUACUAGGCCAGAUGACGGGUCAAAAUCUAUGGGCGCGAUAGUGGAGAAAAUCAUUCUUGCUUUAGGAGAUGACAUCGAUAAUCUCAAAGCCGUUCUCGAUGCCAAUGCCAGAUAUCACCAAUCCUUCAACGCUAAUGGACUUCCCCCCGUGACUGCAGACAACUUGUCAUCACACGAUAUCAUCGCUUUCUCAUCGAUAUCCCAAUUGACCAACAUCGUCGAGGACCUUCGGAAAGAGCUGGCUGAUUUGAGGAAUGAGGACAACGGUACCGAGCUGAAAUUGGCAGAACUGCAAUCUCGCAUGUUGAAGACGGACAUGAAAACUGGCCAAGCGGACAAAUUCCUGAAAGCUAGACAAGAUCCAUCCUUCGCUAAGGUUAUGCAGAUCAAGGACCUCAGUCCGGAACAAGCUGCAAGCCAAACGAGACUCCGUAAAGCCGUGCAGAUCGCCGAAACCAAGAUUGAAGAAUUGGAAGCGUCUAUAGCUGGACUGAAGAGACGAGCUGAGUUGCGAGAGCAGGGUAGGAGCAACACCCCACAACCUGCUCUUGAGAGGGUACAGCGAUCAGUCAGGAAUAUCGAUGCAGCCAUCCGAGAUCGUCAGCAAACCAUCGAUGAUCUAGCUAGAAGGAUAGGUGGCGUUAGACUUUCCUCACCUAGUAGAUCUGGUUCUCCAGCACCUUCAUCUCUUCGAAAUACACCUAAAAAAUCCGCUAUCGUCCAUUCCUCAGCCACGGCGAGAUCAAUAUCUUUCGAACCUACCAAAGAGAUAUUGAAGGAAGUUGACAGUGCUUUGAAUGGAGAGAAAAACAGUAGACUAUUGGGUAGAUUGGAGAAAAUCAAAUUUGCCAAAUUGACCAAGCUGGAGAAUCAAACCAAUGGUAAUAAGAAGCCAGUAAUGAUUGACGCUUUACCUCUUCCCGGUCAAUUACCACCAUCUUUCUUGAAUAGCAUCAAGUCACCUUCACAACCCACAAAAACUAAAGUUGAGCCAGCCUCCACCCAAAUACCUGAUUCUCCUGCGCUACCAUCGACACCUUCAGUUCCUGCCACCACCAAUGAGACUACAGCAACACCUUCCCCAUCUUCCACGUUUGGCGGUAUAAAAUUCAACCUUGAUCCGGGGAACAUAUCCGAUCUCGCCAAAUCGACAGGAGGGAUCUCAACUCAUAGAGGCAGUGGAGGUGGAUCGACUAGGUCUCAUACGAGUGCUGCAAAGUAUGUACCUCAUCAAUCGCCUGGAACUGGCACUGCUGCUAGUCCCGUAGGUGGAAGUGGAAUAUUUGAUUUCAAUGGGAAGGGAAUGGAUGGGGAAGAGAAAGAGAAGGAAGGGAACAGUAAACCUUCGGGAUUCUUUAGGUGA